AUGGUGAACGAAGGCAAUCGUAGAAGCUUACGUGACAUAGGAAAUAAAAUUGGACGAAAUAAUAUACCAAGUGACAAGGACAAUGUGUUUGUGAGGCUAAGCAUGUCCCCUUCGAAGACAGCAGGCCAAAAGGGCUUUUUAAAACCACCUAUGAGGCUGUCGCCCAAAAGGACGGAUGUUACAAAGCAUAGCAUACAAGUAACCCCGAGAAGGAUAGUAUCGCCGGAGUGUUUGAAAGGAUAUAUUCCCAAAGUAACUCAAAGCCUGGAUCGACCUCAAUUCAAAAACACGAGUGGAGAUAUGAAGGUCCAAAGCUCAGACCACAUAACCAAUUUAAUAUUCCCUACAUCACCAACCAAAUUGACAUUCAGUAAUGAAAAUAAAAUUGGAGGAGAUGGUUCCUUAACGAGAAUACGGGCUCGGUUCAAAAAUGGUCUAAUGUCGCCUGAAAGAAUACAACAACAACAUCAAGUACCGCAAAUCCUUCCAUCACAAGCCAAAAAUGGCACUGGCGUUACUGAUGAACCCAAUGAAAAUUCAUAUGACAAUGAGCUCUCUCAAGACAAGCUAAAAGCGAAAAAUUUAUUGAGCGAACUAAAGAAAGAAGAGGAGGAUUUGGGAAAUGGAAUAGAGUCCGUUACUAAAUCGAACACUAAACUGAAUUCCAUGCUUGCAAAGGAAGGCAAGGUACAGAAGGCCAGCUUUCAGAAAAGCGUAAAGUUCAAACUACCUGAUAAUAUAGUAACCACAGAAAUUGCCGAGCUAAGGGACAUAAAAGACUUGCUGCUACAAAUGCUGAGAAGACAACGAGAAAUUGAAUCGAGGCUGACCAACAUUGAACUUCAGCUCACGGAGAUACCGAAACAUAAAUAA